UCAUAAAGGGGAAAAAAAGGGAAAAAGAAAAAAAAAAGAGAAAGAAACCUUCCUCGAAGAGGUUUUAGGUUGUUCUGAAGCGAAACAGUUAACACAAAAUUCCAUUGUGGCCCGUUAGGGUUUACUGAUUGAGUUACUCUCAACUCAUCAUCCUCUUCACUCUCCCUUUCGGUUAACGACCCCAUGGAUAGAUACCAGAAGGUCGAGAAACCCAAACCCGAAUCACCCAUUAACGAAAAUGAGAUCCGAAUCACUAGUCAAGGUGCCAUUCGUAACUACAUCACCUAUGCUUCUACACUUCUUCAGGAAAAACGUGUCAGAGAGAUCGUCUUAAAAGCAAUGGGUCAGGCAAUCAGUAAAGCAGUGGCUAUUGCAGAAAUUCUAAAGAAGAGAAUAUCACGGUUGCAUCAAGAAACUGCUAUCAGCUCAGUUAGCAUAACCGAUGUAUGGGAACCCAUUGAGGAAGGUCUUGUACCGGUGGAGAUGACUCGUCAUGUCUCAAUGAUUUCAAUUACAUUAUCCAAUGGAGAGCUAAAUAAAAAUUCUCCAGGGUAUCAAGCUCCACACUUUGUGGAACAGACAAAGCAACAAUAUAACAAUCAGCAGCCGCUGCCACAACCACCACCACCCAGACAACCACGUGUUUAUCACAAUGCUGUCAAUGAAGAUCCGUAUGGCCAAGGAAGAGGGCGUGGUAGAGGGAGAGGGCGUGGUUGGGGAAGAGGUGGAUAUGGGAACUAUCAAGGUGGAUACGGCAACUACCAAGGUGGAUAUGGUCACUACCAAGGUGGAUAUGGCCACUACCAAGGUGGAUCUGACAACUACCAAGGUGGACCUGGAUAUUAUCAAGAUAAUGGUGGAUACUCAAAUUGGGGAAGAGGAGGUGGGCGGAGUAGAGGCUGGGCCUACCGUGGCGUUUCAAGCAAUUAUUAUCCUCCUGCAGGAGCUGGAUACGAAAGAGGCAGAGGUGGGGGCAGAGGUUAUGGCCGUGGACGGGGGCGAAUGGGUGGUCGCACAAGGGGCGGUGGAGGAAAUCAGGCUUAGAUGAAAUCAAAUCAUAUUCGUUUGUUAUUCCUACAACUUGCUUGAGCUAAAAUGCUUGCCUUGGCCACUGGGGUGAAUUUAUAUCACAUAUUUGUUUUGAUAGCUUGAAAUUCAGUUUUUAAAAUUUCCAGCGUUUUUAGGCAGUGUUUUUCAUUUUUCUUUUCUUUUCAGAUAAUGUGGGGAAUGCAGCAUUGUAUUUGUGGGGCAAGGUUGCUUUUUUGGUUCCUUGUUAUUAAUGUAAUUCGUUUUACCCA